AUGGGCGGGAAAGCAGGCGUGUGCCUUCGGGACGAGGAGGUCGAGGACCUGCAAUUCCGGGGUCCGGUGACGAAGAAGAACUGCAGCGAUGGCACUGGUCGCUUGAUGGCCUGGGGGAGUGCUGAAAUGCAGGGCUGGCGGGAGUCCAUGGAAGACGCCCAUCUUCUUCUUCCUUCUUUGAGAGAGGCGGUUCUGUCCGAGGAUUGCAAGCUGGAGGUCGACGCUGGUUGGGAAAACAUUGGCCUUUUCGGUGUGAUGGAUGGCCACGGCGGCUUCCAGGUGGCCAAGUUCUGCGAACGCCACUUGCCCGAGGCGAUUGCCGCGAGGUCAAGCACUGACCCGGCAGUUGCGAUGGCCAAAUCCUUCGUUGAAAUGGACGAGCUCCUGCAGGAGCCAGAGGGGCUCAAGGAGCUGCGCAGGCUCUCUGCACUGGCCAAGUCGGCGAGGGCUCGUCGUCACACAGCAGAAGGCAUGGGCUGCACGGUGGUGCUCAGCUGCAUUACGCCCAACGCACUCAUUGUCGCGAACGCGGGUGACAGCCGCGCGGUGCUGUGCCGCAAUGGCCAAGCCGUUGAUCUGUCAAAGGACCAUAAGCCUGAGCUCCCAUGUGAGCGAUCGCGCAUCGAGUCUGCAGGUGGAUGGGUCGAAGGAGGCUCUGUUCUGAGGGUGAACGGAGAUCUGAGUUUAUCACGGGCGGUCGGAGACUUGGAGUACAAGCUCAAUCCUCAGCUCCCUCCGGAGCGUCAGAUCGUGACGUCGAGUCCCGACGUGCGUGUGGUUUCAAGGCAACCUCAGGACGAGUUUCUGAUCUUGGCUUGCGACGGGGUCUGGGACGUCCUCAGCAGCCAGGCAGCCGUAGACUUCCUCCGCAAGGAGCUUGGUGAUCGCAGCAGCUGGGCACCGCGACUGGCAUCGGGGCAACUUCGGUUGUCGGAGCUCCUGUGCCGCCUGCUGGACCGCUGCUUAUCGCCGGACCUGCGACUGACGGAUGGCCUUGGUGGUGACAACAUGACUGCAGUUUUGGUCCUGUUCCUUCCGAUGCUGGUGACGGCACAGUCCGCUUUGGCAG